AUGAAGCUCCUCCCCCGUGCCGCGGCGCUCGCAGCCGCCUUCUUCUCACUUCCGGCAUUGGCCAUCUUCGAGGAGACGCUGGUAGAAUUCCGGCCGUCCAGCAGCUCCAUCGACAUUACCACGGCGCCAAUUGUGCUCUCGUCCGAUGACUGGACCGGCGUUCACAUCGCCGGCGGCUCAUUAUCAACUGAUCUCGAGGCGAUCACGGAACUGAGCCGCGACGUUUUGAGCUACUCCGUUGACGAGGCCGAGGAGUAUCUAGCAGACUUGACCAGUGUGAUCCUAACCGGAUCGGCCGAUUCUGCCCUGAUUAGGUCUCUUGUCGACGCCGAGCUCCUUGAUAUAUCCGAUAUCGAGGGCAAGUGGGAGUCAUUUAAGACCGUGGUGGUGGACGCGCCGUUCCCGGGAGUGGAGAGCGCACUGGUUAUUGCGGGUAGUGACAAGAGGGGUACCAUCUUCGGCAUCCACACGCUUGCGGAGCAAUGCGGCCAGUCACCAUUCCACUGGUUCUCUGAUGUCCCGCCCAAGAAGCACGCGCAGGUAUUCGCCCUGCGCAAAACAACGACUCAGGGUGAGCCCUCCGUCAAGUACCGCGGCCUCUUCAUCAACGACGAGGAGCCCGCGCUGAAUACCUGGUGGGCCAAGUACAACAACCAGACUAGAUAUCCGCUCAACACCGAGUUCUACGCCCAUGUGUUCGACCUCCUGUUGCGCCUCAAGGCGAACUACCUUUGGCCCGCCAUGUGGAAGUCGUGGACGCCACCUCCCGGCAACAUCUUUUUCACCGAUGAUCCGGGCAACCAGCAGUUGGCGGAUGACUACGGCAUAGUCAUUUCUACCGCGCACCACGAGCCCAUGCAAAGGGCGACGAACGAGUGGGAUGAGGCGGUCAUGGGUCCCUGGGAUUGGUCGAAGAAUAGAGACAACAUCACAGAGUUCAUGGAAGCCGGCAUCGAGAGGGCGGGCAAUAAUGAAUCCUACUUCACGAUUGGCCUGCGGGGUCUGGGAGACGAGGCGGCGAAUACCGAGAAUGCGAUCGAGAUGUUGAAAGACGUUUUCGAUGUGCAGAGGGGUAUUAUCGAGAAGUAUCACGGUAGCCCUGACGCUGUGAAUCAGGUUUGGGCGUUAUACAAGGAGGUUGCUUCAUACUAUGAUGCUGGCCUUGAUCCGCCCGAGGACGUGACUCUCCUCUUCCCCGAUGAUAACUGGGGUAACGUUUACCGCCUCCCGACUGGAGACGAGGCAUCGAGAAAAGGCGGAAGUGGCGUGUACUAUCACUUCGAAUACGUCGGUCUUCCUCGGUCGUACAAAUGGGCCAACACCAACAACCUCGCCAAAGUAUUGAAGGAGCUCAUGCACUCCUACCUCCGCGGCGCCGACCGCAUCUGGAUCGUCAACGUCGGCGACAUCAAGCCGAUGGAGAUCCCCUUCGCCUUCGCCAUGGACCUCGCCUGGAACGUAUCCAACUUCAGCUUCGAGAGGAUCCCGACCUACCUCAAACUGCUGGCGACGCGCGACUUUGGUGCCGACUUCGCCGACGAGAUCGCCGAUAUUCUGCUCGAGCAUAGCCACCUCAUCGGCAUGCGGCGAUUCGAGCUCGUCACAUCUGGGACUUUCUCGACGCUGAACUACCACGAAGCAGAGCGCGUGCUCGGUCGCUGGAAGUCCCUCGCCGAAAGGGCCAAGGUUGUAUACGAGCAGCUCGACACGCAGACUCAACCAGCCUUCUACCAGCUCGUCUACCACCCUGUCGCGUCGGGGACCAUCUACUACUCCGUCAUGGUUGGCGUGGGCACGAACUACAAGUAUGCGCUCGAGCGGCGAAACUCAGCAAAUACAGUCGCUCGACAGGUCCUCGAUGAUUUCGACGCCAGUUACGACAUGGUGGAAGAGUACGACGCCAUGCUAGGAGGGAAAUGGGCCAACAUGAUGUCGCAGGCGGUGUACGACGCCGCUUGGCAGGAACCGAAAUCGUGGGCUGGACCAGCUCGAGACAUGCUCGCCAACCUCUCGUUCGUGCAGCUGCGCCAAGAUAUGCAGUUCUCGCUUGGCAACCUGGGGAUUUACGCCGAGGGGUCGACGAGCCCAAUUGAGCAAGGGCGUUGGGCAGAAUCGGUGGAUUCGUCAAUGCCAACCACGGGGUACACGGCUCUACUCCCGCAAAUGGAUCGGUUUGGACCCCGCGUUCGUUAUAUCGACCUCUUUGCGCGGGGAGAUUACCGGGUCCCAAUAGACUGGGAGCUCGAGGAGAUCCCGGUAGACUUCAUCUCCAUCAGCCCGGCCAGGGGCACUCUUAACCGAGACAAACCCGACGAGCGCCUCAAUGUCACCAUCGACUGGAGUUUGGUACCGGACGACUUCGACGACACCGUAAACAUCGGCAUCACUUCGACGCCCUCACGAUACCCCUAUUUCGACCUAAUACGCAUCCCUGUCGUAAACACCCAAGUGCCCGCGGAUUUCAAGGGCUUCCCGGAAACCGCUGGCAUGAUUGCGAUCGAGGCGCCGCACUUCCAGCGCUCGUCGGCCAUCACGCAUAAGAAGAAGGACGAGCAGGAUCCAACGGUCAAUUUCUCCGUUUUCCCACACCUCGGGUCGCGCAGCGAAUCAGGAUCUAUUGGACUGCGACCGUUCGCCGAGGCUCGUCAGGUAGACAACGCCGCGACUUCAGCUUGGGUAGAGUACGAUAUCUAUCUCUUUUCAGACGCAGAGGCUGUGGAGGCAACAGUGUACAUCAACGGAUGUCUCGACACCGACCCGCGACUCCGGAUGCAGUUCUCGCUAACUCUAGGUGACGCGCCCGCGAACUUCACCCGUGUGCUGGGUGAUUACAUUACGAACCCCUACGCUGGGGACAUUCCACCAGAGUGGCUCGAUCACGUAGCGGACCAAGUGUGGACGAAGAAGGUCGACCUUGGAGGUCUAGAAGCUGGGAAGCAUACUCUGAGGUGGGCGGCGAACUCACCCGAGGUCUACUUGGAGAAAAUUGUCCUCAACACGCGGGGCGGCGUAAAGGAAACUUAUCUUGGGCCUCCAGAGACUCGACUCGUCGAAUGA